AAACAACAGCAAAGAACCCAGCUUUUUUUCUCACUCUGCAAUAAACAAAUUGGAGUUACCAAGAAUCAGUUAUUCUUUGCCUUCUCAUUCUUCUCUUCCUCUUCCAAACCCCAUCAUCAUCUCUCUCUCUCUCUCUGAACUCUUGCAAUGGCAACUCUUGAAGACAUUGGGGUCUCAGCAGCCAUCAACAUUCUCUCAGCCUUUGCUUUCUUGCUGGCUUUUGCUCUGCUGAGAAUCCAACCCAUCAAUGACAGGGUCUACUUUCCCAAGUGGUAUAUCAAUGGAGGGAGAAGUAGUCCAAGGAGGUCUGGAAAUUUUGUGGCCAAGUUUGUCAACCUCAAUUUCAGGACUUACCUCACUUUUCUCAACUGGAUGCCUCAGGCUCUCAGAAUGUCUGAGUCUGAGAUUAUCAGCCAUGCUGGCCUUGACUCUGCUGCUUUCCUUAGAAUCUAUACUCUUGGCUUAAAGAUUUUUGCUCCAAUAGCAGUUGUUGCACUCCUAGUUCUUAUACCAGUCAACGUAUCAAGUGGGACAUUAUUUUUCCUAAAAAAAGAAUUGGUAGUAAGUGAUAUUGAUAAACUCUCAAUAUCAAAUGUUCCACCUAAAUCUAUAAGAUUUUUUGUUCACAUAGCAUUGGAAUACAUGUUCACAAUAUGGAUUUGUUUUCUGCUUUACAAAGAGUAUGAUAAUAUAGCAUCAAUGAGAUUGCAUUUCUUGGCCACACAACGCAGGCGUGUGGAGCAAUUCACUGUAGUUGUCAGGAAUAUCCCUCAUAUUUCUGGUCACACAGUAUCAGAUAGUGUGGAUAGCUUCUUUCAAACAAACCACCCAGAACAUUAUAUUGGACACCAGGCCAUCUACAAUGCUAACAGAUUUGCUAAAUUUGCAAAAAGGAGAGACAGACUCCAAAAUUGGCUGGACUAUUACCAGCUCAAGUUUGAGAGACAUCCUGAAAAGAGGCCAACCAUCAAGACUGGAUUUUUAGGGCUUUGGGGUGGGAAAGUUGAUGCAAUUGAGUACUACAAGCAUUCAAUUAAGGAACUUGAUAAGAUGAUGACAUUGGAACGCCAGAAGAUUAUAAAGGAUCCCAAAGCUAUUUUGCCAGUUGCUUUUCUUUCAUUCAAUUCCCGUUGGGGAGCAUCAGUUUGUGCACAAACCCAACAAAGCAAGAAUCCAACCCUCUGGUUGACUGAUUGGGCUCCGGAGCCACGCGAUGUAUAUUGGCGGAACUUGGCCAUACCAUUUGUUUCUUUAAGCAUCCGAAAGCUUAUAAUUUCGUUGUCUGUGUUUGCCUUGGUAUUCUUCUACAUGAUUCCCAUUGCUUUUGUGCAAUCCCUUGCAAAUUUGGAGGGUCUUGAAAGAGUAGCUCCUUUCCUCAGACCAGUAAUAGAAUUGAAAUUCAUCAAAUCCUUUCUACAAGGUUUUCUUCCUGGUUUGGCUCUUAAAAUAUUUUUGUACAUUCUACCCGCAGUUCUGAUGAUCAUGUCAAAAAUUGAGGGGUAUAUUGCAUUGUCAACACUUGAGCGUAAGACAGCUGCAAAAUAUUAUUACUUCAUGUUGGUGAAUGUUUUCUUGGGAAGCAUUGUGACUGGGACUGCAUUUGAGCAAUUGCAUUCUUUCCUUCAUCAGUCACCUACACAGAUUCCUAGAACAAUUGGAGUUUCCAUUCCAAUGAAGGCUACUUUCUUUAUGACAUAUAUAAUGGUUGAUGGAUGGGCUGGAAUUGCUGGUGAGAUUCUCAGAUUAAAGCCAUUGGUUAUAUACCAUCUCAAGAACAUGUUCUUAGUUAAAACAGAAAGAGAUAGAGGAAAGGCAAUGGACCCUGGGAGUGUGGACUUUCCAGAGACUAUUCCAAGUCUUCAGCUAUACUUCCUUCUUGGAAUUGUGUAUGCUGUGGUGACUCCAAUCCUUCUUCCGUUCAUACUAAUCUUCUUUGCCUUCGCAUAUUUGGUUUACCGUCAUCAGAUAAUCAACGUCUACAACCAACAAUAUGAAAGUGCUGCUGCAUUUUGGCCACAAGUUCACAGCCGCAUUAUAGCAAGCUUGUUAAUAUCACAGCUUCUUCUGUUGGGUCUGCUUAGCACCAAAAAGGCAGCUAAAUCAACACCUUUGCUUGUCAUGUUACCAAUAUUAACAUUUGCAUUUCACAAGUACUGCCAGAGACGUUUUGAGCCAGCAUUUAGGAAGUACCCUCUUGAGGAAGCAAUGUCAAAGGAUUUAUUGGAGAAAAGCACAGAACCUGACCUGAACAUAAAGGCUUAUUUGGCUGAUGCUUACUUGCAUCCAAUCUUCAGGUCAUUUGAGGUAGAAGAAGAGGAAUUGGUUGAAGUCAGAGUAGAUAAACACCAAACUAAUGUAGCUAGUGCACCACCAAGUGAGCCUAGUUCACCCUCUCCACCCCAUCAUCUCGAUCAACCAUCCCCACCCCAUCAUGAUCAUCAACCCUCCCAACCUCAAUAUGGUGACUAUCCAAUUCCAAAUCCAACUUUACCACCAGGUUAUUACUACCAAUACCAUCCUCCCUCCCCUUCAUAUGUUUAUCACAAUUAUCAGUACCAAGGUUAGCCUUGAACUAGUGCAUACCCAUUAACAAGGUUGCUUGAGACCCCUUACUGAAAAUUUAGUCUUUCUAUCAACUUAGAUAUGUGUUCUGGUUUUUUAGUUUUGAUCAAUCCAUCGCAAACGUAAAUGAUCAUUUUUCUUUCCUUAAAAUGUAAAUGCUUUGGUUUCUUCUAAAUUUGCGGUGGCUAAAAUAGGCAGGAUUUACUUGAUCAAGCAGCUAGAGAUUUCUUUUCCUGGUUUAUUAAAUGUUUGCCAAAUUAAUUUGUUCUGAGUAAUUGGGUAUUUUUUUGAAUAUUGCUAUAAUACAGAUUCAAUUUAUGCAA